GUGCUCGCAUUCGUAAUGGCGUAUGACGGCUGACGGGCCACGGGCGAAACGCGCACGGGUGCUCGAGUUUUCGCGGAUCGGAACGUCGGUUUGGUGAACAAGUGCCGCGGCGUGUUGUACGCGUGUCGGGCGGUCGCGGUAAGAUGACCACGUCGACCGCCGUGUUGCCGUCGUACCAGCGCUUCGCGAACGGCGUGCCGGUGCCGUUGUUCUCGAGACGGUCCUUCCGUCCGCGCGAGAAGUACCUGAUUCUACUGGUGUUCCUGACGUUCGGUAUCGUGUGCUUCGGCGCGUUCUUCUUCUUGCCGGACUUCCGCACCGGCGGCGCCGCCGUCAACAGUGUUUAUCGCGUGUACCAGCGUAUGCAGAAAGCUGGACCUGACCUGCUGCUACCGGUACCACCGCACGCUCCUGGCGACGUCAAGGACUCUCGUUCGCUCACAGGCGGUCAUCCGAACGCGGUGCCGCCGGGUCACGAGGACAGUGAUCACCAGGAUGUGCACCUGGUCGAGGACAAGCAGAAGUUGCAGGCGAAAAUCGACGAGGAGUAUCAGCAGCAAAAGACGUUGGAAAAACCGGACAUUGAGGAGUCGCGAGUGCGUACGAGUAGUGCCGUGUCGUUGAUAGUGCACAAGGAUGACGAGGUGUUGGAGACAGUGCCACCAGCGCCCGCGGAUAGGCUGCCGUUGACCGUCGGCGGGGAGGACAAGGAUCCGGUCGCCAGACAACGGAGGGACAAAGUGAGAGAGGUGAGUCUCAUUGAGAAAACUCAGUAAAUAUCUCUGCGACUCGCUUCGCAAUCUCCGCUCCACAAAUAUUGAAAUGUCGCAUUUUGCACACAUUGAAUUUCCGUAUGUUUGCACCACACACUUUGGUUAGGUUAAGCUAGGUAUUCUCUCUGAUAUAUUUCAGAGAGAGAGAGAGAGAAGCGCACUGUAUUUGAUAGCAAUGGAAAAGCAAUAGUUAUAACAGUUAUUUCUUAGUUACUUAGGAAUGUAUAAUGUUUAUUUGUAUUGUGGAAUAUUUUGCCAUCGAAUAUAAGAAGUAUAAAGAUGUGGAUGAAUUUAAGGCUAAUUUCUAUUCAUAUCAUAUAUUAGGUCUUCUUUAAGUUGUCUUAUUUAAUUUAUAAUUAUAUAAUAUCUAUAUAAGAUGUAAUAUAUUAUUAAGGUUAUAUGCAUAUAAAUAUGACAAGUUUAGUCGUCAAUAUACUUGCGUUUUACCCUUAUCUAACAACCCUUAUCUAAAAUAACAACGAAUAGAAAUUAAUCUUAAAUUUAUGCUGUAUUUUUGCAUUUCUUAUAUUCAUUGAUAAAGUAUUCCAGGGGAGUUACCGAGGGAAGUAAAGUCUAAAAAAUUUCUUGAAAAAAAACAAUUCCACACAUAGGCAGCACAAGUAGAUCAUCUAUAGUUCUAGCGUUUUUAGCCCUGUAAAAGUUAAAGAGAGAAAGAAAGAGAGAGAGAGAGAGAAAAUUUUUCCGUGGAAAAUUAGAAUAAUGUAUGUCAGUCAUGAAUAUAUUCUUAAUCGCUCGUCAAUAUGUGUGUGUGUGUAUGUUAAACGAAUCUACGCAUAAUGGAUUAAAUAUUUCAUUAGAGGGAGGAAGAGGUUAAAUCGACCGAAUGCAUUGAAUUCCAACGCGGGGAUUUAAUUAAAAUUUACAUUAAAAUUAAAUCGCGAUGUAAUCGGAACUAUCGAGGCAUUAUUACGUACACGGGAAAUUUUUGGUCGGCUAUAGCGCGCAGUAACCGAGGAUUUUUAUCUUUCUCCUCUCUCCCUUUUUUAAUUUCGGAACUUAAUUAAUUUCUUUUUUAAUUUCAAAACGUAAAAUCAUUUUUCGCGUCGGGACUGUUAUUUUGUUGCUUAUUUCGAGUAGGCAAUUUCCGUUUACUGCGAGCUCAUACAAGCUGAUGUUCCACUAUCUAGGCCAUUUAAAUCGGGUCUUUUCUAUGUGGCUCGCGAUUUUCCCGUGGGAAAAAGUCCCACGGCGUCUCGCGCGCCGUCGCGGAACUGCCGACAUUUCCACGUAAACGGGAAAGUGAGAGAAGCCGCUUUUUCGCGGUGGUGCUUUCGCUCGUGCCGACAGCCACGUCGUGUUUCGCAAAAUAAUGAACCGGGAUUUUUAAAUUGACCCCGAGAAGUUCAAUCUCCUCGCACAAUGCGCCGCUCUACGCUCUGCAUGCAAAUUGCUUCUAUAAAAACCAUAGGAUCAUAACGAGUCGUCUGUUCAAAAAAAAAAAGGGGAAAAAAAUCGCCUCCCCGCGCCGUCACACGUCGCCUGACUUGCAAGCUCCAUACAUAUAUGUAUAAAACUCAAUUUCAGUGCAAGUUCUGAAAUUGCAUAGCGCACAUUGGAAGAACGACGAAUCGUUUUUGCGGGGGUAUCAGUUUCGCGUCAGCAUAUACGAAUAAAAAUGAGUGGCGAAAUAUAGGAAAGCAUUUCGCGUGUUUUCUCACUCUCUCACUCUCUCUUUCUCUCUCUUUCUCUCUCUCUCUCUCUCUCUCUCUCGCCCCAUCCCCUUCUAUACCGUGUAUGCGUCGAUGUGCAUAGAGAAUGCGACUCGUGGAUGGCGCGUUAUUGAUAUCUGAUAUCACAUCCGCUGUAUGCGACGUCAUCGCAUAUCUUGAGUUACCGUAUCUAAUCUCUCUCUCUCUCUCUCUCUCUCUCUUCUUUUUCUCUCUUUCUCUUGUUCCCACGCACGCGUUUUCCGCGCGCAAUUUACGUAUUGUUAAAACAAUAAUCUAAUCAAGAAUCGUCGUUGUAAACCGGCGGUGUAAACCGAUAAUUCGUUAUAUCCGCGGGUAGAUACGCUGCGCGCGCGAUAUGCCGACAUCACGCGGCCGAUUUUAUUUAAUUUCGUUUGUCGCUUCCAUUUCUCCCCGUUUCGUGUGUUUUUUUGCGCUGAAUAAAAAUGCAUGGAAUUCGCGCGGCCCCCGUAUCUCGUUCGAUUUGCAGUUCUGCCGCGGUAUCGAUUGCAGGCGCAAUUUUUAGACGCAUGUGUUAUUUUAAUUGGGAAAUCGUGCGUUUACACGGAAAUUUUAGUUACACAUACACACGCGCGCGCGCGCGCGCCGCUCGCGAUCGACGAACACGAUUCUUCGCGCACUUGGAGCACGCGGACGAUUUUUUUUUAUUUCCUCCCUGCAUACCUGUACCCUCCUGCUGCACUCCGCGGUAAAAAACGCGGGAAUCGGAACCGACGGUAUAAUCGACGCGCGCUAAUUUGCGCGCACGGCCAAAAAUAAUAACCGCGCGGAUCGCGGCCGGCGAUUAGAUUUUCGCAUUCGCAUUCGCAUGCGCGAAUCGCUCGCCAUUCGUCAUUUGAUGCGAGGCAGGAUAUAUGGAGUCACGCGAUAUCCUGCGCAGAGCGCAGUGAUAGCCGUGGCGUGUGGAAAUAUCAAAUCACGCAAUUUGUCGUCAUUCCGUUAUCCGGUAUCCGCCGGAGAAAGCUGCGUCAUCGCGAAUCCAGAACAAUCCGCAGCGUGGCGCGCGUUUUUCACGGCACAUUUUAAUGCCGAAAUUCGUAAGCGCGCUCAAUUCAUCGGGCGCACGUGCGAGACGGCAAGAGAGGAGAGGCAUUUGU